CAAACGAGCCUAUUCUCAUCACUCAGGCAGUAUCGCGCAUUUAUCCGCUUCACUGAAAGGAUGUAAAGAGCCCUGGAGUAUUUCUACAGUGCCUAGUGGUCAUAAUUUAACAUAUAGACUUGAAUAGUUAUCAUUAAUCGACGGUGAGUUUACAGAAAUGCGCGUUUUUUUAUCCUCCUGUCGUGCAACACUGAAUAGAUUUGACCUGAAUAGCCGUUACAGAGAGAUGGACACGGAAAGGGGCCUAGAAUAAACACUGUAUGGAUCUCUCAUCCAUGGCAAAAUGUGAAAGCCGAGUCGUGGUUUGGAUUCCUCAGCACUGAAAGUUGGUGCAUCCUGAACUGGACAUCUUGCGUUGGAGAUUUUAUCCUUUCACUGGAUCUAAUUUAACACAUUCGGCUACAUCCACACCCCAAACAAUGGUAAAAAUGGUGGGGUAUAGUGUCAGGAUAUGCAAAGCUCACUUCGGGAAGCGAGGAGGCCAUUUGGGGAUCAUCCAUUACCUCCUCAUUAUAGUCUUCUGUGGCUCCCUGCUUGCUUUCCUCUUCGUUGACGUCAUUGAAUUAUGGGUGACUGCGCUGGGGAUGAGCCGAUUGGAAAGUCCUCAAGGGGUGGUUCUUCCACACAGUGUUCCUCCAACCCGAUCUGAGGAGUUCUUGCUGAUGCCUAGCAUCCACGUGUGCGAACGUGCCAAACCCUACCUCAUCACUUUAGUAGCAACUGCACCUCCUAAUAGAAAGGCUCGCCAGGCAAUCCGGGACACUUGGGGUGGGGAAGUGCACGUCAGAGGUCACCGGGUCAUGACCCUCUUCGUUGUAGGUCCCAACAGACCCGGUUAUUGGAAAAGAACUAAUCGAAGAGUCUUUAAAAGAGACGAGAGCGAACUUCUUGAGCUUUAUUUAGGUCGUGUUCAUAUGCAGGUCGCACCCGAUCGCAAUCCCGCCAGCAGACACUUCAUGUCGGAGACUGCAUACGCUGGGAUGGUCCUCCCGGAUUACUGCAGUGGGACGGCGUAUGUGCUUUCUCACUCAGCUUUGCUAAAGCUGUCCCUAGCUGCGGUUGCCAUAAAUCUACCCAAACCUUUGCCCCCGGAGGAUGUGUUUGUAGAGAUUUGUGCUCACACCGCAGGAAUCAAUCCAACCCAUUCUCCAUUCUUCUCUGGAGGACCGGCCGUACCGUACAGCCGCUGCUGCUACCAGACGAUGGUGUCCGUCCAUCAUACCACACCAGCUAAUAUGUUAAACUACUGGACGGACAUGCACUCCUCCGGCCCGUGCUCAUGGUUGGGUGUGCGGACGUCUUUAGGUGUCUGUAAAGUAAGAGCACUUCUUGGGACACUCUUGAGGAGGGAUUAAGUGAGCCUAAAGUAAAGUGGAAGAAAAGCACACACACACAAAGAAUAUCCGCUUGCUAAGUCGUGACGUUUGAAAUACUGUGUCCAGGUCCAACCUGCUAAAAUAUUCGUUUAUGUCCCCUAUUUUAGUCAUAUAACACAUUAAAGUGAAUUUUACAGCAAUAUUUUAACUAUGUUCAAAAAAUAUAGGGGGGAGCGACACGGUGGCUCAUCGAUUAGUUAGCACUGGGGCCAAAGAAAGUCGCUGGUUCGAGCCCGGGCUGGGUCAGUUGGCGUUGGAUGCAGGGUUGUUGCGAUAACAUUUCAAGAGUUCACACUUAGAUAUUCUUUGACAAAUGUUAGCAGGUUUGGCAUGCUGUCCCGGGAGAGAACCCUGAGCUUGGAGAUAGCUGAGCCCAGGGCUCCGUCAGGGGAGUACGAGAUCAGGCGGUUCUUGAGAGCUCCCCUGUGGUAAAGGGGUGAAUGGGGGGUUUCUUCGGAAAACGAAGAUGAGGGAGUAGAUCUAGCUAGGCUAGUUAUAGUGAGUUAGGAUUAAUCUGAUUUGCUAACUUAUGAAUGUAGAUGGGUGACCAGCUGCAGUCAAUCAUAUCACAUGCUGCUUUCGAAAUUAGUUUGUAAAUUUUCUCUAAUUUACAUUACGAUACUAUACCAGCUGAAGUAUCGUGAUACCAAGUAGCAUUGCGAUACUCAAAUCUAUGAAAUAAAGUUGAAUAUUCAGAAAUACUAUAUUUUAUAUGUUAUAAUAGGCCUAGUUGAAGUUCAUUUGGAAUUCCCUUAUUACUGAAAAAAGUGUUUGCAAGUCACUUCACCUAAACUAUUUUGUAGAUAACUGACCAACAAAAAAUACAUUAAAAUAAAGGUACAAAUUACACCAAACGAAAUUCGUUCUAAAAAUCGUAUUUUUCCAACAAAAUUAGGCUAUAUG